AUGCGCCGCAUACAGCAGCUGUCGCAGCAUGUUUUGCCGAGCAGUGCAGCCGCGCCGUCCGCGCCGGCAGACCUGCCGGAAAUCAAAUCUCUCGCACGUCGUGACCGAACACGGCGGGACACUACCUCAAGACAGAGAUCACAGUUCAGUCCUCUCGAGUGGGAGGCUCGCUGUAAGCUGGCCAUCGCGUACCGGCUCUCUGCUCACUAUGGCUGGGACGAGCUUGUGUUCAACCACAUCACCUUGAAGGUGCCGGAAAGCGAUCGCUUGCCCGGCGGACCGCACUUUCUGAUCAACCCCUUCGGCUUGCGCUUUGAUGAGGUCACAGCUAGCUCUUUGUUGAAGGUGGAUCUGGAUGGAAAUAUCGUGGACAAGGGGACGAACCAAGGGCCGCUCUUCAAGCAGGGAUUUGUAGUCCACUCGGCCGUGCACGCUGCCCGUCCGGACAUCCACUGCGUCUGGCACUGCCAUCAUUCCGACACAGUUGCGGUAUUGACCACCAAAGCCGGUUUCCUGCCCCUGACGCAAGAAGCUAUAUCUCAGUGGGGGGAAUUUUCCUACCAUCCAUUCGAGGGAAACGCGGUCGACUUGGACGAGCGGCAGCGAAUGGCGCAGAACCUCGGGCCGAAGAACAAGGUCUUACUCCUUGAGAACCAUGGCCCACUGACAGCAGGUGGUUCAGUGGAGGAGGCUUUUUUCAGAAUGUACAAUGUCACCAUCGGCUGCACUUGGCAGAUAAGGGCCAUGGCAGCUGUCGGAGGAGACUUGAGCAAAUUGAGGGUGCCAAGCGGUGAGUACCUGGCCGGCCUGAAGCGUCGUGAGAAUCAAACAGUUACCAAAUCCAACGAUGACGUCGAUAAGAAAAACGAGAACUACAACGAGGUUGAGGCCAUGUGGCAUGCAGCGCGAAGACUUAUGGAAAGUGUUCACGGAGCUGAAAGCAUCUACUGCUGA